GAUUAAAAGCCCACAUUUGUUUUGUGUAUGUCGUGCUUUGCCAAAACACAGCAAUUUUCUAUGAAUGUGAAACAGCUUUCCUGGCUCUGACCCACCAGCCGCGCUGCCAGGAAAAGCCCGCUCCCCUCUACCUGUUUACAUGCAGGUAAAUUAGCUUUCACAGGCUGAAGCUGAGGGUCCAGCACCGAUAGUGUUUCCUUUUGUUGGCCUGUGUUUGAGUGGAGGAGCAGCAGUUCAUCCUUAAUGAACGAAGAGCAGCAGGAAGGUGUGUCGGACCGGCGCGUGCAGGCGCCGCGCUGGCAGGCGUCUGCCGUCAGCCCACAAAUAAUGUGCUCAUUGUGUGUUUUAAUGUCCACGCACUGACCUUUACAGUCAGGCUGCUGUUUCUGGGCAGAAAUCAAGGACGCAUCAAUAAAGCAAAUGUGGAGGUAAUUGAGUAAAUUGAAAACACAGUGUGAGUAACACUCUCACUGCCCGUGUGACGCUCGCUGAGCUCCACCUCAGCGCCACAGGCUGCUUCCUACGGAUGCUCUGCAGAUCGGUGGAGGAGGUGGAACCCUGACCCGCACUGACCCCAGAACCAGACUAAACCACCCGGGUCCUGUCACAGCCUCAGAUGCUGCUGGUGAUUCACUGGACCCAACUUAGGAAUUAUAACAUGUAUGUUUUUACUUGGCUGAAGCGUUUUCCAUCUUCCAUCCUGCUGUGGCCUGUUUAAAAGCAAAUCAAUCAGCUAUUGUUUAACGGUUUCACGUUCCAACACAGAAAUCAAAAACGUCUUUGUAUGAAGUUUGCAUCACAAAGACGUGGACUGGCUGCAACGUAAGGAACAUUAAUCACGCAGCGCUUGAUUCUAAACAUGCUUCAAACGUCCUAGUGGGAUAGAAAAAAUGUACAACUACUCAUAAAUCUCUGCUCCAAACGUGUGAAAUGUUGAUGGCACAUACUUGUGUAAACAUUUUUCCCCACAAAUGAUUUCCACACAAAGUUUUGGGGGGUCCAGGCUGAGAUAAGUCCCGCUGAGUGCGAGUGGGACUGGAUCCUCUGAGGUCUGCGACAGCUGGAACGCAUUGCUGAUGUUUCAACACGUGUCAGUCAGAGCUGAGGAGGCGGCGGUGCUGCCGCCGCGUUUGUCUGAGGGCCGUGUGAGGGAGUUUGUGCAGGUUCUGUCUUUGAUGUCAUUAUAGUGACAGGAAGUGUUAAAGUCCUGACACACUGGCUUCGCAUGCAUGAGUGGGAGGAGCUUAUCUCUGGUGAGAGGCGGGUCCACCCUGGACCCACGCCUCAUGACCCAUGUAUACAGACCCACAAUCGGCUGAGGACAUGCAUGUCUGUGGACGGUGGGAGGAACAACAUCUGGAACGGAGCCCGGCUGCUGCGAGGCAACGGUGCUAAGCAUUACACCACCCAUGGAAAAUCUGUGUUUUGUUUAUGGCAUCAAAGCUGCGAACUUGAUGUUAUGCGUGUAAAUCCAGCAAUGGAGAGUCUUGACAGCAGAAGGAAGGUGAAUGUUUGCUACCAUUACUGGUGUCAGUGGAUGUGGAACAGUUGAGCCUUUGUAACACAAAGACAGAUAAAUAACGCAAUGCUUCAUUAUGGUCUUUAUUGACUGAACAGAUUCAGGGUCUCCUUUGAAGCUGUGGUGUCACCGUGUUGGACUGAUUGUAGCCAGAGCACUGUGGAGCCGGUUCUGCCUGUCAGGUCCGGUCUACACAUCACUGCAGAGUCCAGGGGGCUCCUACAUGAAGACCACAGUGACACGGCUCCACCCAGGGUCCAGCUUCUGCACAGAACCAUGAUGGUUCUCAUUGUGGGAGGCAGGUCCUGGUUUCAUGGUCACAGUCUGUUGGCUCCUUGUUUAGUGUUGCGCCUUAGCUCCAUGUGUUUCCUGUUCAGUGACGGUCCGUGGUGGCAGCAGAUUCCGAGUGUGGAUGAUGUAAUUAUAUCCUUCAUUCAUUCCUGAGUCAUUGAGCAGAUGGACAUAAUGUAAUGGGUCAGAGGAAGCGGCCUGGCUGGGGCGUCUUCAUGCUGAGCUUGGUGAACGCUCAGCAACUUUGUUCAUAUCCACAACUAAACCCAGCAAAUCCCACAUACAGUACAGCAAGCCUUUCAUUGUGAUUAUCACGACCUGGGCAGGGAGCUGGUUCCACAGGAGAGGAGCUCUGCCUCCCGUUGUACGGUGGGAGAAUACAGCUGUUCUCUAAUUGACCUGCAGCGACUCGCUGAGUUCUGCUUGAGCGCCACCUUCCUUCUCCAGCUCGCGCUCUGUGGGCAGAGACCUGAUGGAGGCCGUCCUCUGUGUUAGUCCUCCCCUUCCUCUUCGCCUCUGACCUGCUCAGGCAACAUGCAGCAAACGUUCCCAUCAGAGCGACCUGCAGCAGCAGCAGCAGCAGCAGCAGCUCCUCACUCACCUUUGGAGCACAGGACGCCAGGAGCUGCAGCUGGACAAAUCGGACUUGAAGGAGUUUUCAGACUGAGGAACCUAAACCCUGGAUCUUUGGGCUCGUGGGGAUUCUUUAGUCUGUUUUCAGGGUGUCAUCUCCUGGAUUCCCUCCUCACACAUUUGCGGUGAAAAGUCAGACUGGAAAGUUUGAGAGAGGACCUGAGUGAAUGAGUUUGUCUGGCUGCUGUGGGAAAAACCUCGUCUCCAGCAUGUUCCUGUCCAGCAGAGCUCUGCAGCAGUGGUGCUUGGCUCUGUUCCUGCUCUGCUCCCCGGUGCCGCACUACGGACGACCCAUCGAUGCCCUGAGCAGCAGAAUAAAACGCUCCGUGACUCACGCUCAGCUGAUGCACGACAAAGGCCGGACGCUGCAGGACUUCAAGCGUCGCAUGUGGCUGCAGGAGCUUCUGGACGAAGUCCACACCGCAGAGAUCCGCGACCUGGCCCUCCGGACGGCCGGCGGAGGUGGAGGCGGCAGCAGCAGCGGCGCUGGCGGCGCCGCCGGCCUGCCCGGGCUCGGCCACGGCAUCAACCUGAGCACCACCGGCAGCACCCUGCACUCUAAGCCUCCUGGAGGAACCAAGAACCUCCCCAUCAGCUUCAGGGUGGACGAGGAGGAGGGCACCAACCUGCCGCAGGAGACCAACAAGUCCCAGACGUACAAAGACAGCGUCCUCAAAGCGCCGGGCAAGAAGAAGAAGAAAGGGAGGUCCGGCAAGAAACGGGAAGGCGAGAAGAGGAAGAGGAGGGCGCGCUCGCUGGGCUGGAGGGUGGAGGACGAACCCGGAAGCGGCCUUCACCUGGAGUGGAGGUCUCUGCUGGGCCUGCUUUAAGACGCCGUCAGUCUCUGACGAAGAAUCCUUCGGACAUUUGGACUGGACUCCUAAACAGUGACUGUUUGGAAAGAGAUUGGAAAAUAUUUAUUGUGUGUAAAUAUUCUAAAUAUAGCAGAAUAUGAAUAAAACCUUAUUGAAGCUCUGUGGGGCAACAGAUUUAACCCUUGUGAAACUUUGCUUUUUUUCUUUUUUAUUGCAGUCAUGUCAGAUUUUUUUGCAGUAAUUUAUUUUGUCUGAAUGGUGUAUUUAUUUUGUAAAUGUAUCGAGGUGCUGCUGACCUUCUAUAUUUUUGUACCAUAAUGCACUUUAGAUAUAUAAAUAUAAAUAUGUAUACCAUUAGUUUUUUUCAUUGACUCAUUUUUUGUUGUUGACUUAAAUGAAGAAAGAUGAUGUUUUGUCUUGUUUCUGGUUUCGUUUGUCAUCGCUCACAUCGACCUUCCUGCUGCCUUCGCUGUCUCUGUGUCUUCCUGGACCUGCUCAGCUUCCAGCAUUCACAUGUACAUAAACCAAUCUCGGCUCCAUACGGCUGUUUUUGGCACUUGCACUGAGGUUAACACUCUGUUCUGAACAGAUUAAAUGUUUGACAGUAACUUUCUCUGUCUC